AUGCAGCGUCUCAACGAGGCGCUCAUUACCCUCUUGCCCAAGAAACCGGAUGCCUCGGCCAUUUCUGACUACAGGCUCAUUAGCUCGAUCCACCUGCUGGCCAAGCUCAUUGCGAACGUCCUGUCGUUUCGUCUGGCGCGGCACUUGGGACAGCUGGUCUCUUCUAACCAAAGCGCCUUCAUCGCCGGCUACUGCGUGCAUGACAAUUUCAUGCUGGUCCAGCAAACCGCACGCCAGCUCCACAACACGCGAGUUCCCAGGGUUCUCCUCAAGCUCGACAUCGCAUGGGCCUUCGACACCAUUUCUUGGCCAUUCCUCCUCGACGUGUUGCGCCACCUUGGCUUCGGCAGACGCUGGAUUGGGUGGUUCUCCAUCAUUCUAUCUACCGCCAGCACCCGGGGUGAUCUCGUCUCCCCCAUACUGUUCGCGGUCGCCAUCGACGCUCUGAACUCCCUGCUGCUCCAUGCGCACCGCCAUGGCCUGCUUCAGCGACUCACCACCCGGCAUGGCCCCUCGAGCAUAUCCCUCUUUGCCAACAAUGUCGUCAUAUUCUGCCACCCCUCCCUCCAGGACCUGCAAGUCAUCCGCGAGCUCCUUCAUGUCUUUGGUGAGGUCUCUGGACUCUACACGAACUUUGCCAAAUGCUCGGCGACCCCCAUCCGGUGCGAGGACCCAGACCUGCUCGCGAUCAACUUCGAGCUUGCUUGUGCUGUCACGCCUUUCCCGAUCACCUACCUUGGGAUCCCCCUCUCAGUGAGGAAGCCGUCCGCAUCUUCUCUACAGCCGAUCGUCGACAAGCUCUCCAAGAAGCUAGCCUCUUGGCGCGCCACACUUCUCUCCCGUGGCGAGAGGCUGGCUCUAGUCCGCCACGUGCUUUCGGCGAUGCCCUCCCACAUCCUGGUGGUUCUCGCCCUCUGCCCCCCCCCCCCCCCCCCCCCCGUGCUCAAGCAGAUCAACCGGAUCCUUCGCGAAUUCCUCUGGUAUGAUCGCAAGGAGACGCGGAACGGCCACGGGCCUGUUCACUGGCAGCGCGUUUGUCGACCCCUCGAGAUUGGUGGCUUGGGAAUCCCUGACCUUCAUUGUCAGGGUAUUGCCCUGCGCGCCCGCUGGCUUUGGUUGCAGCGCACCGACCCCUCCAAGCCUUGGGCGCACCUGCACCUCCCGAGUGUCGCCGACACUACGACUAUUUUCAGAGCUUCUACCUCCUGGACAGUGGGCGAUGGCCGUUCUUGCCUCUUCUGGACAGACCACUGGCUCCAUGGGAAGUCCAUAGCUGACAUUGCCCCUUCACUGCUUCCUCUCGUACCUCAACGGCGACACAAGUCCUGCACGGUCGCCGAAGGGCUGCCCGAUCAACGCUGGAUCGCUGAUCUUCAUGGCACGCUAACUCCUCGAGCACUUGUUGAAUAUGUGCACUUGUGGCGGCUGCUCCGACCCCUCACCCUCUUUGCCACGCCCGACCACCUCUCUUGGCGCUGGACGGCUAAUGGCAAGUACUCUGCGAGGUCAUGCUAUCGGGCGCUCUUCGCGGGAUCGAUCGACGCCUCUUUCUGGUGCCUUACCUGGUGA